AUCGAGUUAACGCGAGUUUUUGAUUGGCUUUCAAAAUUCAUUAUUAGAUUCCAGUAAUCACCAACCAAUCAGCUUUCCUGAAUCUUCGGAUGUUCCUUACAAUUUACAAUUGGGAAAAAAUACGCGUGGCGACCGGUCUAGAGCGGUGUUUCGUAAUGGUGGAACCGAAUUUACAAUAACCUCGUUUCAUUUGAUUUACCGUGCACCGCAAUUUUUAUUACAAACUUGUUUUUAUUAAUUGACAGCUUCUGAGUCUCACAGUGUAUCCAGAAUAAUCGAACUUCCGUGAUAAAUCGACAUUCAUCAGUGGAUAUAACGAAACAGUUACAACUCGAUUCGGACUAUUGUCAUCGAGUUUCUAUAUUUUUUGCGCUUAUCUGUAACAAUGUUUCUCUACUAGCUGCCGUCUUACCGAAAUUAGAAUGGCAACGCUCUUCAAAGGCCGUGGUACUUUCAGUAUCGUCAGUAAUUUUUUGAAGCCCAGAAUCGAUCUCACGAAUAUACCCAACCGAGCAGGGCCCCGGUUAAACAUACCAAAAAAACAAUAUCCGCCAUGGUUACCUAAACAACAUCGUGUGCUUCACAGAGAAGAAGUUACUCGUGAAAACGCUAAGUUUGUCCAAGAAGUUAUAGAAGACAAGUGGGGACCCCGUGAUAUCGGUAUCGGUAUGACAAAUCACAAUUCCCCACUGAAAGCUGAGCCCAUAGAACCACAAAUGGAAUGGGCACCGGAUUCUACUCGCACUGGUGUCAUAGCAAAGAAACUUGGAAUUUAUCCAAUGUGGUUGAAAAAUGGAAAAAGAGUCUUAGCUACAUUAUUACAGGUUGCUGAUAAUCAUGUUAUAAAAUAUAUUCCUCCAGAAGACUACAAUCCUAAGAUAGGGAAAAAACGUCCAAAGCGAAGGCUCGGAUGUUUGGUUAUUGGUGCGGAAAGCGAAGAUCCACAAAAGUUCACAAAGGAAUACUGUGGAAUGUUUACAGAAGCCGGUGUAAUGCCAAAAAAAUUACUGGCAAGGUUUUUGGUCACACCGAACGCUGCUUUACAACCUGGCACUCCGCUGUUUGCGGCACAUUACAAAGCAGGAACUUUUGUUGACAUAAGGGGGAAAACUGUUGACCGUGGUUUUCAAGGAGUCAUGAAAAGAUGGGGAUUUCAUGGGCAGCCAGCGACUCACGGACAAACAAAAACCCAUAGAAGACCAGGAAACAUCGGCUCGGGCGGUACGAAAGCGCGUGUCAUGCCAGGAACGAAAAUGCCCGGUCACAUGGGCAAUCGUUAUCGAAUUCUUAGAGGAGUUCAGAUCCUUCGCGUCAAUACCAAGUACAACGUUUUGUGGGUAAAGGCACAGAAUCUUCCAGGCGAAACGAACACCUUGCUGCAAAUUUAUGACACUCUAUUGCCCACGAAAAAAUUGAGAGAACCUUGUAAUUUUCCUACGUACGUACCAAAACCUGAAGAAACUCUCCCGGAAGAAACCUACGCGGAUGAUGUUCAUCCAUUCAACGCACCCUCAAUAGAAUUCAAAGAAGCAUAACCGUGUAUAAAAAUCGAAUAAAAACGUUUUCGAAUAAAUAUGUAUCCUCAAAUAAAAUUCUCAAAAUGCCGAAAAAGAAAAAAAAUCAAGGAAAUGUGCAAAUUUCAAAAUAAAUAUCGAAACUGAAACAAUUUGUGCUUAUUUUCCAAUGAUAAAAUUUACAGUUGUGAAUGUUAAUCGGCCAAAUUGAUUGAAGUGUAACGUAGUAUUAAUGCAAAAUGCGUUUUUCUCUUUUUUAUUGUUUUCGCUUGUUCCGUACAGAAGAACGUGUUAUCAUAUUAAUUAAUGCCUACUAAUCGCGAAGUAGUCAAUUGAUUCAUUUAUUUAGUAAUCCAAUAUCACUAUAAAUUUAACUUGCCUAAAAUAUACACGAAACGUAUGUUUUCUCAAUUGUUUUCUUUUUCUUUCAUUCAAAGUAACACGAAUAACCAAGACACCCGACCCGUACGAGGGAUCGAUGAAGCAUCAUCGAUCAUGAGAAAAAACGUCUUUUUUCUUUGUCUAACGUGCAGUUGAAAAAUAAAUCAAAUUAUCCAUAA